CUGAGCCAAAAGCUGUGCUUGAAUGACUUGGGGUGCUGGAACUGUGCAGAGCAGGGCCCUCCAUGGAGCUGCUCUGGGCAACCACCUCGGGUGAAUGUGAUAAGCAAGAUGGCCAAGGUCAACACCCAAUACUCCCAUCCAUCCUUGACCAGAGUGGAAACCAUGGACAGAGACUUUGAUCAUGCUAAAAAAAGCCUCAGCAGGGCCCAUGCGCCAUGUGAGGACACACUGGCAGCCCCGCAGCCAGGGAUCGCCAUGGAGACCAGAGGACUGGCCAGACCCAGACGAAGCUCCUUCACUGGCCCAGGGCCCUCCAGGUUGUCACAGCUCAUCUGCUCCCUGCGCUCAUGGGCUGCCAGGCACUUACACCACGAGGACCAGAGACCUGAUGCUUUUCUGGAGCGUUUCCAUGGAACUGAGCUCAUGGAGGUGUCCAGCCGAGAAAGCAAUGCCCAGUCCAGUGUGGGUAGCCAGGAGCAGCCAGACAGAGGCAGAGGGAAGAAGAAGGACGCCAUGGUGGUGGACCCCUCCAGCACCCUCUACUACCGCUGGCUGACUGUCAUUGCCCUCCCAGUCUUCUAUAACUGGUGUCUGCUGGUGUGCAGGGCCUGCUUUGAUGACCUUCAGUCUGAGCACCUGACACUGUGGCUGACCCUGGACUACUCGGCAGAUGUCCUCUAUGGCCUGGACAUGCUGGUGCGAGCCCGGACAGGUUUCCUGGAACAAGGCUUAAUGGUCAAAGAUGUGAAGAGGCUGUGGAAACAUUACACAAAGACCUUGCAGUUCAAGCUGGACAUGUUGUCCCUGGUCCCCACGGACCUGGCUUACUUAAAGUUGGGUAUGAGCUACCCAGAACUGAGAUUCAACCGCCUACUGAAGUUUUCCCGGCUCUUUGAAUUCUUUGACCGCACGGAAACGAGGACCAAUUAUCCCAAUGUGUUCAGGAUCGGGAACCUGGUCUUGUACAUCCUCAUCAUCAUCCACUGGAAUGCCUGCAUCUACUUUGCCAUUUCCAAAUUCAUUGGUUUUGGGACAGACUCCUGGGUCUACCCAAACAUCUCCAACCCAGAGUAUGGACGCCUCUCCAGGAAGUACAUUUACAGUCUCUACUGGUCCACCCUGACCCUGACCACCAUCGGUGAGACUCCACCCCCUGUGAAAGACGAGGAGUAUCUCUUUGUGGUCAUAGACUUCUUGGUGGGCAUUCUGAUCUUUGCCACCAUCGUGGGCAAUGUGGGCUCCAUGAUCUCAAAUAUGAAUGCUUCAAGGGCAGAGUUCCAGGCUAAGAUCGACUCCAUCAAGCAGUACAUGCAGUUCCGAAAGGUGACCAAGGACUUGGAGACUCGGGUUAUCCGGUGGUUUGACUACCUGUGGGCCAACAGGAAGACAGUGGAUGAGAAGGAGGUGCUCAAGAACCUCCCGGACAAGCUGAAGGCUGAGAUCGCCAUCAAUGUGCACCUGGACACCCUGAAGAAGGUCCGCAUCUUCCAAGACUGCGAGGCAGGGCUGCUGGUGGAGCUGGUGCUCAAGCUUCGGCCCACCGUGUUCAGCCCUGGUGACUAUAUCUGCAAGAAGGGGGACAUUGGGAGGGAGAUGUACAUCAUCAAGGAGGGCAGGCUGGCUGUGGUGGCCGAUGACGGGGUCACCCAGUUUGUGGUCCUUGGCGAUGGCAGUUACUUUGGGGAGAUCAGCAUCUUAAACAUUAAGGGGAGCAAGUCAGGCAACCGCAGGACGGCCAACAUCAGGAGCAUUGGCUACUCAGACCUGUUCUGUCUCUCCAAAGAUGACCUGAUGGAGGCCCUCAUCGAGUACCCCGAGGCCAAAAAGGCCCUGGAGGAGAAGGGCCGGCAGAUCCUGAUGAAGGACAAUCUGAUCGAUGAGGACCUGGCCAGGGCUGGGGUGGACCCCAAGGACAUUGAGGAGAAGGUGGAGCACCUGGAGUCCUCCCUGGACACUCUACAGACCAGGUUUGCACGGCUGCUGACUGAGUACAGUGCCACGCAGAUGAAAGUGAAGCAGCGCCUCAGCCAGCUGGAGAGCUGGGUAAACAUCUGUGGGAGCAGCCUGGCCUCCUCAGAGGCCCAGGGGGUUGCUGCAGAGAUAGAGGACAAACAACAGUGAAAAUGUGGUGUCUGUCUGGCUCCUGCUCCACAAGCCAGCUGUCAGGGCAGUGCUACUGUCUGCAGAUGCAUGGCACAGGGCUUAGCUGGGCUUCCAGCCUAGCCCCUUUGUAAGCCCAGUUUUCUCAUCUAGAAAGUGGGCCCAGGAAGUGCCAGGUUAUUGUCGCUUUGAUUUUUUUAAAUGGCAAUUUUCAUAUUUUGUCACUUACA